AUGUUGAGCAACGUACGCGCCGUGGCUUCGUGUCUUUAGUUGGACUCUGCUUCCGAUGGUCAAAUGAUCAACUAUAUGUAGUAUAUAUACACACACACUGCUCCAUUCCCUUUGAUCAUACCUGCUUCUUCUUCGAGCACAGAAACAAAGGUGAAUUUAUGGUGCAAAUUUAGUAAUAUCUGCCAUUAAUUGUUUACGAAAUACACAAUGGGAGAUUCUAAUGGAGGCAUUUUGGGUUCGACGUUGCUGGGAAACUUGGUACAGAGAGAUUACAUGUCAGUUUCCAAUGUUUAUGAGUCAUAUGGGAUUGUUGUUGCGUUUAUUGUUGGUCUUGUUAUACCUUUGUUACUCAUUGGGAUGAAAAGAGCUAAACAAAGGGGAGUGCCAGUACAAGUUGGUGGUGAUAUGGGUUUCACAAUUUGUAACCGUAGAUCUACUACAUUAAUUGAAGUUCCUUGGGAAGGAGCUACUACUAUGGCAGCUCUUUUUGAGCAAUCUUGUAAAAAGAAUGCACAAGGUCGGUGUCUUGGUACAAGAGAGGUGAUUAGUAGGGAAGUAGUUACAGGUAGUGAUGGAAGGAAGUUUGAGAAGUUACACCUGGGAGAAUAUAUAUGGGAAACAUAUGGUGGAGCAUUAGAUAGAGCUAGCAACUUCGCAUCUGGCUUGGUAAAAUUGGGUCAUACUGCAAAUAGUCAUGCUGCCAUUUUUUCUGAUUCACGGGCAGAGUGGUUGCUUGCCUUUCAGGGAUGCUUCAGGCAGAAUAUUACGGUUGUGACUAUCUAUGCUUCACUAGGUGAAGAGGCUCUUGUUCAUUCCCUCAACGAGACCCAAGUAACUACCUUGAUCUGUGAUUCAAAGCAACUAAAGAAACUGGCUGCAAUAAGCUCUAGCCUGGAAUCUAUUAAGCACAUUAUUUAUUUUGAAGAUGAUGACAUCACAGUUGAUUCAGUUUUCAGCAAUCUUAAUCUUACAUCUUUUUCUGGAGUUGAGAAGCUUGGAAAAGAAAAUCCUGCGCAUCCAAGAUUACCUUCAAAAACUGAUACAGCUGUGAUCAUGUAUACAAGUGGUAGUACAGGAUUACCAAAGGGAGUCAUGAUGACUCAUGCCAACAUCGUAGCAACAGCAGCAGCAGUUACAACAGUUAUUCCUAAAAUAGGCAACAAAGAUGUGUACCUGGCGUAUUUACCCCUGGCGCACGUGUUUGAGCUAGCAGCCGAGGCUGUGAUGUUGACAGCAGGUGCCGCCAUUGGUUAUGGUUCAGCUCUGACUUUAACCGACACCUCCAAUAAAAUCAAGAAAGGAACUCAGGGAGAUGCUUCUAUAUUAAAGCCCACCCUAAUGGCAGGAGUUCCAGCUAUUUUAGACCGUGUACGAGAUGGAGUGUUGAAAAAGAUUGAGGAGAAGGGUGGGCUAAGCAAUAAACUUUUCAACCUUGGAUACAAACGUCGGUUGUCUGCUAUAGAAGGAAGCUUGUUGGGGGCUUGGGGACUGGAAAGAACUUUUCUAGAAGUCGUUGUUUUCAGAAAGAUACGGUCUGUUCUUGGAGGUCGUGUGAGAUUCAUGCUUUGUGGUGGAGCUCCUUUGUCUAGAGACACCCAACGGUUCAUGAACGUUUGUCUAGGGAUUCCUAUAGGUCAAGGAUAUGGAUUGACUGAAACAUGUGCUGGAGCAGCGUUUUCUGAGGCAGAUGACACCACUGUGGGCCGUGUUGGUCCACCAAUUCCGUGUUCCUACAUUAAGCUUGUUUCUUGGGAAGAAGGGGGAUAUCUGAUCACUGAUAAACCAAUGCCCAGAGGAGAAGUUGUAGUUGGAGGACACAGCGUAACUUUGGGUUAUUUUCAAAAUGAAGCAAAAACUAAUGAGGUGUACAAAGUCGAUGAAAAGGGAAUGCGAUGGUUCUACACUGGUGAUAUAGGGCAGUUCCACCCCGAUGGAUGCCUGGAAAUUAUUGACAGGAAAAAAGAUAUAGUUAAACUACAACAUGGAGAGUACAUUUCUCUUGGAAAGGUUGAAGCAUCCCUAGCAUCCAGUAAUUAUGUGGAUAAUAUCAUGGUCCAUGCGGACCCUUUCCACAGCUUCUGUGUAGCAUUGAUAGUCCCCUCACAUCAUGCACUUGAGAGUUGGGCACUUGGAGCUGGAAUUGAGUACCCCGAAUUUUCAGAUUUGUGCAAGAAAGAGGAAGCAGUCCGUGAAGUUCAACAAUCUCUUCUCAAGGCAGCGAAGGUCGCAAGACUAGACAAAUUUGAAUCUCCUGCAAAGAUUAAGUUGUUACCAGACCCAUGGACACCAGAGUCUGGGUUAGUGACGGCUGCGCUCAAGUUGAAAAGGGAGCAGUUAAAAGCUAAGUUUAAAGAUGAUCUCAAUAAACUAUAUCAAUGAUUAGAAUAGAGAAGAAGACGAACAUUGAUUUUAUCAUCACUAGUUUAUUGUUGUUUUUGGUUCUUUACAUCAUCGUAUAGGUUACUUUAUCAAGUACAAAUCAAUCAUGAUGAGUAAGAUAAACGGCGGAAUUGGAUCCACCAACCGUCUUUGUAUUAGAUGAAAUCAAAUAAAGAUACAAGUAUUUUUCCCUUAAUACUA